CAUGCCCGUGACAGCAUUUGUCAACAACGUUCAAGUCAAGGCACUCCAAAAUGGCGGAUCGUGAAGAGGACCCAGAGAAUGAGGACACGUAUGAGGUGGUCGACCUGACACAAUAUGCCAGGCGUCAACAAUGGUGGGGCUGCCUAUUUGGUGGGAACAAUUCGGGUCCUAUGGCUGAGAAGUAUUCGGUGGCCACACAAAUAGCACUGGGUGGUGUGAGCGGCUGGUGUGCGGGAUAUCUUUUCCAGAAGGUGGGGAAGAUCGCAGCCACCGCUGUUGGUGGAGGAUUCCUGUUAUUGCAGAUAGCCAACCACAGCGGCUAUGUGCAGGUGGACUGGAAGAGAGUGGAGAAGGAUGUCAACAAAGCCAAGAGGCACCUGAAGAAGAAAGCCGACAGUGCUGUACCAGAGCUCAGCUCUUUUAUCGACCAGUCCACAGAGUUUGUGAAGACAAACGUUAUCGUCACCAGUGGAUUCUUCGGAGGCUUCUUGCUUGGGCUGGCAUCCUAAGAAGACAUUUUACAUUUUAGUCAUUUAGCGGACGCUCUAAUCCAGAGUGACUUACAGUUAGUGAGUGCAUACAUUUUCAUACAGGGGCCUGCAGUUUAUAUAGGAAUCACUUGAGAGGUCUGGCUGUGAAGUGAAGUGACCUUUUAAAAUGGUGGUGGGAAUAACAUGAACAGAAUAUAUAUACAGUAUAUCAGAUUGAGCCAAUGUGUAAUUACACAACCCACAAACAGGUAACGCGCUUGUAAACACUCUGUAAUGUAUACCUACUGUACUGUUUCACAAUACCUACCAUUAUAAGUCGCUUUGGAUAAAAGCGUCUGCUAAAUGGCAUAUUAUUAUAUCUACCAUGUAAUUGCAUGGUUUUAGCACCACCUGAUAUAAACUGGAAUCGAGAUUUCCUGCUGCUCCACCAAAUAAACAAAACCAUGUUUCUAGCUAUGCUUUAGCUCUGACUCAAGGCAACCCAAAAGGAACUAGCCAGUGGGUCCUGUGGGAAAACAGUUAUUAACCAACACUCGAUAAGAGCACACAAGUGUUGCGAUCCUGUAGAUGGGAUCCAGUGGUCCUGGCUCUGAUUCAUAUAUUCAUCAUAUGAAAAAAUUGAAACACACACACUCAUCCAAUGGCUUUGAUCUGGCGCAGGAGAUGGAAGUAUGUACAUAUGUAAAAAAGGAUAGGAAGGUGCCACACACUGCGAUCGAUGCUGUAUUUAUUGAGAUCGACUGUGUGGUCUUCAUCAGAACUUCAUGCACGUGUACAGCAUAUUUACAGUGUACUGUUGCACUUGUUACACAUGCUCACCUAGUUGGGCUGCAAUGCGGGAACUUAUUGAUUACAUUUGGGUCUAGUUCUUUGGAGUGUUUAUCAUGUUUUUCUGGUCAAUAUAGUCCUACACCGCCAGUAUAUUCAAGUCAUGCAGUGCACCAUGUUGCGCGGGAAACUUUGCACAACGUGUGCCAUUUUCAUUCAUUGUAUGAGUUAAUACUUCAAUCACAUUAUAUUUAGUGAUUCAGGAUUACCAUGACUAUCAUUUUUUUGCCUUUAUGAGGUAAUUUAGCCUCUUUUGUGUUUUCUCAUUCACAGGAAAGCAAUUUACCUUUGUUAUUGAAUUACAAUACUGUUGUACUUUGUGUAUAUAUUGUUAAUAUAAAAGGCUAAAUGCAACCAACAA